CUUCAUCGCUCCUUUAGCAUGUCUCCUGUGAAGAAGAGAUCUUUGAUACGACAGGAGAGUCAUCAUGCCCAAGUCUACUUCAGCGCAAAUGAAUUUCCAGACUUCGAUGUUGUUUCUGCUGUUUUCUACUUUAGUUUUUCAAAUGAUGGUUCAAAUAACUGAUGGCGAUAUCGGCUCUUGCAGUCUCCACAUGUAUUUUUAUGAAACCCGGAGCAGUUGUGAGACUCCUUUUUAUCGGAGACUUCAGCUUGGUCACACAGCUAACUGCAGUGAUAGUUUUGAAAGUCUCAUUAGUUGCAUCAAGAACGUCACUCGCGUUUGUGAACACAGUUGGCGAAGCGAUAAAUGGAUAGACAUGGACGUCAGAUUGAAAUUCAGGAAGCAGUUUUAUUGUCAUGAUGGGGCUUUGAUUCUUCCCAUGGCUUUGUGUGGGAGCGGUUACUACAGAAAAGGUCCGAAAUGCUUGCGAGAGUUCCAUAGGAAGUUUCGAAACGACACCAGUGACCCGUCGCUGUGCGACGAGUACUCAAAGGCAAAGGAUUGUAUAAAUAAUCUUUUAAACAUUGAAUGUCCUGCUAAGAAAGGCUCAGAAUCACCUCUCAUGAAGAUAUUAUUUGACGGCUACAAUCCCUUCUGCCCUAACAGAGUUUACUAUCCUCCGACUACAGUUACAGCACCCACACGCAGAACUCAGCAGAAAUCUGAAAAGGUACCGGGACCUACGAUCAAACCGGUCCUUAGCAGAAAAAAAAUUUCUUCCAGCGGUGCGUGCUGCAAUAAACUGUAUUCUGAGCUACAUCUACUGAUUCUAAUUCUCCUUGUGGAGAAAUUUUCAGUUCAGUGUCGAUAGUAACCGGUAAAUGUAUGUCUUUAUCAGACA